UCAAAUUUGUUUUGCGCCCGUUCAUUCUGUGUUGCGCUCAUUCACUCGUUCACUCAUUCGUCUUUUGAAUUUCGCUUCGAACGGUUGUCUCUACACCUUUGUGCAACCAGUUCGAAAACACAAAACCUAACCCCCGCGCGAAAACCCUAGGAAAUAUAUCUCUGGAAAAUAGUGCGAUAUAUUUUCCUGCAAAAAACAUUAACAAUUGGAUAUACUUUUCACCCAAAAACGUGACUUGUGAAGAGGCAGCAAAACCAGAGGAUACUAUUAAUUGGACAAUAAAUAGUUAAACUACUUUAGAAGAAGAAAAAAAAACAAGAAAAACUACAACCCGCGCGUUUUCUGAUUAAUGAAUUAAACAAAAGUGUGCGCGCUACAAGUGGAAAUAAAACUCGAUUUCUGGGCCCCCGAUUUUCGGUUGCAACACACAUUAUAACGGCAAGUGGCUCAACAAGUGGCUCGGGGAUUAUCUAAUAAAGCCCUCCUGCCGAAAAUCAUACUUAAAUAAUAUAGAUUGUACGGGCAACAACAACAACCGCUCAGAAAUAUAUCAAUUUUAAAACAACCAAAGGCCCCAUGUGUGUGUGUUAGUGUGAGCGCCUGCAUGUGUGUGAAUCGAGAAACGCAGAGCUACAACAACAACAACAACGAGAGCAGCGGCCACAACAACAACGCUACAACGGCAACGUCAACAGCACGCAACAACAACAGCAACAACGGCCGCUGUGAGUGCGACGGAGACGGCAACAGCGUGAGUCAUAUAAGUGAAAUGAAAAUGCGGAUAAAGCGAGAAGCGCCGUGUCUUCUGUUAUUUAUGCCAAUCCAAAAUACCAACAACAACAAUCGCAUUGGUGCCAAUCAGAAGGACUAUCCCAACAAGCGGUCCAGGGAGAAUCUGGCAUGUGACGAAGUGACAUCGACGACGUCAUCUACCACGGCAAUGAACGGCGGCGGACGGACGCCGGUGCUAACCCGCAGCUGCUCCAGUCCGGCGGUCUACGAUAUAGAAACACAUCCCGCCUCGCCCGUGUUCCCGCAUCUAUUGCUGGGCAAUGGCCGCGAUGCCGACGAUCCCAGCAGCGUGGGCGCUAACUGUGUGCUGAACGUUACCUGCCAAAGUCCCAAUGAGAGCCAUCUGCAGGGUCUCAAGUACAUGCAAAUACCUGCCAGCGAUACGCCCCAUCAGAACAUCAAGCAGUACUUCCAGGAGGCCUACGACUUUAUCGAAGAUGCACGGAAAACGGGUUCCCGGGUGCUGUUGCACUGCCACGCGGGGAUUUCGCGCAGCGCCACCAUCGCCAUCGCCUACGUCAUGCGGUACAAGUCGCUCUCCCUGCUGGAGGCCUACAAGCUGGUGAAAGUGGCCCGGCCGAUCAUCUCGCCGAAUCUGAACUUCAUGGGCCAGCUGCUGGAGCUGGAGCAGAAUUUGCGCAAGAGCGGAGUCCUGGCGCCCGCCACCCCGCACCUGAAUAGUCCCAGUAAUCCCGCGGGAUCUUCACUGGGAUCGUGUACCACCCCGUCUAGUCAACUGGUGGAGCAGCCGGAGGAGGAGGAGAUCGAGGAGAAGCGCGAGCAGCGGGAUCGUGGAAAAUCCAAGUCGGAUAGCGAGGCCAUGGACGAGGAUGUGUACGACUACGAUGACGUGGACAGUGGCGCAGGCAGCCUGGCGGGCAGCAAUUGCUCCUCCCGGUUGACCUCACCCCCCAUAACUCCGGAUGACGAAGCGCCCAGCACUUCAGCGGCCGCAUCGACGGUCUCGGAACUCGAUUCACCCAGCUCGACCAGCAGCAGCGGCAUCUGCUCCCUGCUCCAGUCCACCACCAGCUCAUCCGUAUCAUCCUCCUCAAUUAGCAAGCCAAAUCUGCUGUCGCCCACAAGGCAGUUGGCCCUGUUCAAGCGGAAUUCGCCGGCCAAACUGCGAUUGGAUCUGGAUUCCAGCUAUGCACCCGCGUCACCCAUCCCAAGGUCCAAUCCCUGGAUCUCGGUGCCAUCUACGCCCGUCUGCGAGGAGGCACCGGAAGGCAGGACCGGCAACUUGACGAGGGACUGAGAUAGGGUCCCCGCGAAAAGCCGCCGCCAACUAGCAGCUGUGAAAAGAAAGAAAAUGUACAGCCAAUUGCCACUUUCUUUAUGAUCAAAAUUAGAAUUGAUAAAGUUGUAUUUUUCUUCGAAAAUAUGUAGAAAAUGACCAAGUUUUUAAGUAUUUUACAACUACUGAACUACUGAAACGGAAAAUUUUUUACCUGGCUGAGAGAUAUGAAUUUUAUCAAAUCAAAAACGGCAAGAGGUCUGCUACUUCCUAUACAACAAGGUGAUGCUAAUCAAGCCACCUUUGCAACGUGUAAAUAAAAACGUUCAUAAACUGUACAUACAAACGUACCUAAAACAAACACACAAGGGAAAGAAAUACCAAUUGCAGCUUAAACUUCUUGCAAUAAUUUUUAAGGGCUUUUGUAAUGUAUUUCUUCUUUGCAUCCCUGAACCACAAAACAAAUGCAACUAAAGUAAUCCAAAACAACCAACUGGAGAAAUUGUUUAAGAAAAAAGAAAACCUCGUAUAUGUUAAUUUAGUUUAAAUCUAGUCGUAAGCGAAUCUUAACUAUACCUAUACACACACAUAAACUAUAUUAAACUUCACAUAGAAAAAUGAAAAUCCAAAACGCACUGCAACUAUUUCUGCUGACUUGCCACACCAAACGAACCCCCCAUCCUGUUCCCAAAAAUAUGAGAAGCCCCGCCAUAUACACAGCAAAGAUCUUAUCAAAACUGUUCUAAGUUUUAUCAAUCCGCUAUAGCCACACCCACACCCUAUAAUUGCAUAUAAUUUAGUUACUUCUUGAAAGUGAGGAAAGUUUGUGUUUUCUAGUUUUAGUUAUUUAUAUGAAGCGAGCGCGUGAGAGGAUGAUGAAUGCGAUUUAAUUCAUUUGUAUUAGGCAGUAAUCUAAUAGGCUAAGAAACACCUAAAAAGUGUAACCGUGUGUUAAGUAAACGGAAAUUAUAAUAGUAACCAAA